CAAAUCUCCAUCUUGUUAGAUACCGAAAAAUUUUUCAUUGAUACAAUAUUGUUCGAGGAGUAAAAUUAUAUAUAUUAUUAAAAUGCAGAAGUUUAAACGUGAAGGCACAAGUGAAGAAAAUAUUCCUCGUGGAGAAGAUGAUAUUUGCGAGUUGGAGCACUUACGCAAAUUAUUCAUAGGCGGCUUGGCACCUUAUACCAAUGAAGAUUCCUUGAGGAAUUUUUAUGGUCAAUGGGGCAAAGUAGUUGAUGUUGUCGUUAUGCGAGAUCCAACGUCGAAACGUUCACGAGGAUUUGGGUUUAUAACAUAUACUAAGUCGGCGAGCGUCGACCAAGCCCAAGACAAUCGACCACACAUAAUUGAUGGAAAAACUGUUGAAGCUAAACGAGCACUGCCACGUCCAGAACGCGAAAAUCGUGAAACUAAUGUUUCUGUUAAGAAGCUAUUCGUAGGUGGAUUAAAAGACAACCAUGAUGAAGAAUGUCUACAAGAAUAUUUUUCACAAUUUGGUAAUGUCAUUUCAAUUAAAAUUCUAACUGAUAAGACGACAGGAAAACGUCGUGGUUUUGCUUUCAUUGAAUUCGAUGACUACGAUGCCGUUGACAAAGCUGUUUUACAAAAAACUCAUUCCAUCAAAUAUGUUGUUGUUGAUGUUAAAAAAUCUGUAUACAAUCUUGAGCAACAAAAUCGUCAAAAGAACGCUGCCAAUGCUGCAGCACAAGGAGGUAAGAUUAACAACAUGCCAGAUCAAGUACCUGGCUAUGGACCACCACCUCCAUCAGCGAUGCCACCUUAUCCACAACCACCAGCACCACAAAACUACAAUAAUAAUUACUGGGGCCCACCACCACCAAAUAUGCCACCACAACAAUACGGUGGUUAUCAACCACAACCUGGACCUCCAAUGAAUAAUUGGAAUUAUCCUCAACCAUGGAAUGCUGGUCCACCACAACCAGGUCCACCCCAACCUGGACCACCACAAGGUGGUCCACCACCAAAUUGGCAACAAAUGCAAUGGGGUACACCACCAGCACCUGGACCUGGCCCUGUUCCACCAGCAGUUCCUCCAAAUGCUGUACCACCACCAGCACAAAAUUGGAAUCAACAAGCUGCACCACCAAAUGCUCCGGUACAACCACCACCAGCAAAUAAUGUACCUCAACAACCACAGCAGGUGCCACCACCAAAUAAUUUUGGUAGUGGAUAUCAACAAAAUUAUGGCGGCGGCCCUACUAAAGGCAAUAUGAAUGCAAACCGUAUGAAUCCCUAUGGUGGCGGAUCAUCUAACAAUAACUAUAAUGGUAAUAAUGGUCAACCACCAUCUAAUAGUGGUUAUGGUAAUUACUCAGCAUCCGGAAAUAAAUCUAAUACAUCAAUAAAUCAAGGUCAAGGCAAUAAAUCUAUGCCUAAUGGAAAUGGCCAACAGGCAUCAACAACAAAUAAAUUUAGACGUUAAAAUUUAUUUAUUAAUUUAAGGUAUGUGCAACAAAGCUCAUUGCAUUAGAAACAAAAAAAGAAACUAGUUAUAUAAAUGCAGAAAAAAUCACAGAUUCUCUAUUACAUUUUCAAGUUAAUACCAAACAGGGGACAGGACUAUGUUUCAAUUAAGUUCUCUUUAUAAAAUAUGUUAUAAUUAUAAUUAUAAAGCAUUAUUGAAACGUAUAUUGACAAGUAAUAUAAUAUUUUAAGUU